AUGAAGAUUGAAGGGAGGACGUUUAUCAUAUCCGGCGGCGCAUCCGGCCUGGGCCAAGCCUGCGUAGAAACACUCGUUGAGGCCGGCGGCUAUGUCGCCGUUCUGGACAUGAACGAGGAGAACGGGGCAGAGCUCGUGUCCAAGCUGGGGUCCCAAACGAAGUUCUUCGUCUGCAACGUGCUCGAGACGGAGAGCAUCAGGGCCGCUGUAGAUGGCGCUGUCGAAUGGGUCAAGAAGACUGGCAAGCCCCUUGGGGGAGUGAUACCAGCAGCUGGUGUCAGUACGCCGGCAACGGUACGUAUCCGUGGCUUUCUUGGCGAGAAGCAAAGCACCUGUCACAACAUGCUCACAAUGGACCAGAUGCUCGAUCGUGACGGCAAUGCUCUUGAUCUGUCGGACUUUGAUUUUGUCAUGAACGUCAACCUCAGAGGAACCAUCGACUUGGUUCGGCAGUCUCUCGUACACAUCGCCAAGACCGAGCCCACGAGGCCGGAUGGCGAGCGUGGUGUGGUCAUAAUGGUUGCGAGUUCUGCAGCUUUCGACGGCCAGAAGGGCCAGGUCUCUUACUCGGCCUCGAAAGGCGCUGUUACUGCCAUGACCCUCCCCAUGACUCGGGACUUGGCACGGUACGGCGUGAGAGUGAUUACCAUCGCCCCCUCGCUGUUCGAGAGCCGAAUGACGAGCAUGAUGAGUGACAAGGUCAGAGGAAGCUUGGAGAAGGCUAUGGAGUUCCCUAGGCGGGCUGGGCAGCCGGCCGAGUUUGCCGCGCUGGCAAAACAUGCCAUUGAGAAUGCUAUGCUGAACGGGACUGUCCUACGCUUGGACGGGGGGAUGCGGAUGCCCAGCAAAAUGUGA